AUGGUGGCAACGUGUACACGUUGUUCAAACAUAUUUUUUCAUUCAUUAUUAAUACACGUCGGAAAAUAAUGGCGGACGGCGAUUUUCAAAUAUGAUUUUAAUCGACAGACUAAGCGUUUACGUUAACGAGUUUCGUACAUAAGCGUUCGCAGUGUUAGAUACAAUGGUUGAAUCAAGACUUUUUGCGUUUCUUGUGGUUCAGGCCAUUGCAGUUGUGGCGAAUAGAGAAUUGAAAGUGAAGACAGAACAUCCACGGAAUGGACAGAAAAGAAUCGAUGUACAUGCGAGCAAAUGGAGAGAAGCUCAGAACGCCAUAAACAGUCUCAUCGACGAAAGUAUAUCAAACGAAGUGGCAAAAGCCAAAAUGGAAGUGAAGGCUUUGUUGGACAAAAAUAUAGCACAGCACCUGCACGAGGCAAGCAGAAAAUUGCUGAACGGAAAAACGUCGGCAAAUUUUGAAACAAAGCCAACGAAAGACACGUAUUGGGUUCUGGAUAACGCCUAUCACGAUGCAACUUCUGGAUCAGAUAGAUGUCAAGACCAGUUAGAUAAUUGCGCUGCAUUGGCUACAUCGGGAGUCUGUGGCACGUCCAGAGAGGCAAUGAAGAAAUUUUGUGCACGAACUUGUGACCUAUGCGAAGAUGUGGAAGAAAGUUUUCCACCGCCUUCACCGACGAAUGAAAACACAAAAAGCGACCGUACUUGGACGAUAAUAGGCACAGAUGGGAAGAGAUUUAAGACGAACUUCAAAAAUAGCGAGAGCGGCAUGAGAAAAGCGUCUAUCACUUCAACCCAAGUUGAACGUCUCUUGGAAUACGUCAAACAGAACGCACCGCAUUUGAAACUCGUGAAAAUUAAACCAGGAGUGCUAAAGCUUGUUAGGUUGUCGACAGAGCAACAGACCCACAAAAUAACAUUGAAAAAUGACGAAGCUAAGUCGACAAAAGCCGCGAAAGACCUGAAAAACAAGGUCGAACUAAAAAGUGAUCGCCUUCCCCAAGGUGAUUACUGGACGAUCAAAGAUCACGACAAGAAAGUGAAUGACGAGAAAAAGCGGAAAACAACUAAAGGACAUAUGAUUCACUUCGAUCUUACAAGCAUUAGCAGAGACGACAAGAAAGACUCGAAAAUAAAGGAUGGUCCACUGCAUUCCUUUGGUCAUAAAGAUUUACCAAAGAACCAACAAUCCGACGAAUACCUGAAACAUAUCUGUCAUCCGCUGUGUAAGAAAACGUGCAUCUCAUCGUGUGCUCCGGGUUGCUGUGCGGGAGAACAUCACGACUUUCCCUUGUACCACAGAAAGUCCACACACUGCCAUCCGCUUUGUAGAAAACACUGUAUUCCAUCUUGUCCACUUACUUGCUGUACAGAGACCAAAAAAGUUUCAAAAAAAUGGAAGCAUCGACACGUUCACCAUCCGGUAAAUCCAUCUUGUCACGUGACGUGUAAAAGGAAUUGUGUUCCCUCGUGUCCAAAAGCCUGUUGCGUUCACCAAGGGCCAUAUGGAAAAAGUCAUAGCAGCCUGAGAAAGAGCCAAGACUAUAUAAGACCAGCUACGCGAAAGUCGCAUUGUCAUCCGCUGUGCAAGAAGACCUGUCUCUCAUCCUGUCCUCUUAGUUGUUGUAGCAAAAGAGAGCGAAUAAAAGAGCAGUGUCAUCCACUUUGCCGCAAGACAUGCUUGCCGUCGUGCCCCGCUGAAUGUUGCUCGGAUAAAAGCAUGAAGCACAAACUUAUUACGAAGAGCAAGGAGACUGAGGACAAGGAAAUCAAAGACAAACAGAAAUCAUGUCCUGGGUUAUGUCCAGAUUCGUGCGCUCCAGCCUGCCACAGCGGUUGUUGCAGCACAGAAAAGACCGCGAUAACGAAAAACAAGCCGAUAGCGAACACUGUUCCCUCCGGAUGCACUGCAAACUGCGUGUACGAGUGCAUUCCGGGAUGCCCUCCAGCUUGCUGUUCCAAGUCAAAGCCAUCGCAAAUCUCUUCGUACGACCAGCCAAUUAGACAUUCGCCAACUACAGCCACAAUGUUCCCAUAUAGUCAACCCGUAAUAAUGCCUUAUGUUCAGUCGUCACAUAUUUACACGGAAUUUCCAGAAAUGUACGACGAGGGUAACCUGUUGACAGACAACAGUUUCCAAUCGGCAAACGCAUACACGGCCAGGCCAACAAAUACGAAUUCGUUCGAAAAUCAAAGUCCAGCAGAUUACAGUUUAUAUGCACAAAAAGAAUGCUCGCCAACUUGUUUGCGACAUUGUAGUCCGGAGUGCGCACGCUCCGACUGCUGUGAUGUGGACUAGUUGUGAAGUUGAAAGUUAUGACAGCAUCGUGCAUGUUUCUCCAAUAUAUGAAUGGGAGAAGGAGAAAUAUCAACUCUUCAUUAAAAGAUAUUCGAAAAGAAGUAUUAUUGAUUCUUCUUUAUACCGUAGACAUUAGCAAAAGCUACACUUUAAUCUUUGCUCCGUCUCGUUUGACUUUCAGUUGCAUGUUAUUUCAAGACCAUAGCUUAAAGCAGUAUCUAUUAUUACAUGAACCAUUAAGAAAAUGUGUUUGUACGGUUGGCUUGGUGUUUUGUGAAUGACAUUAACGAAAGAUCCUUUUUUUAAAAAAUACUAUUAACUCCUAUUGCGCGCUUGUACAUUUGUGAGAUUCAAAUAAAUUGGCAACGGACACUCUCCAUUGUAAA